AUGAAGAGUGUCAAGAAACGCACUCGUUCGGGGUGUCGACGGCGCAAGGUCAAGUGUGACGAGGUUAAGCCUGCUUGUUCGGGAUGUCGAAAGUCUAAUAUCAAGUGUCUUUGGCCAAAUAACGAAAAACAGUCGCUUUCCCAUGGCGAACAGUUCCACAUCGAACGGCUACCGCAGACUAAGCGGUUCCAGUUUGUCAUGUACCGUGGAGACCAGGAUAAGGAAGUGCCUGAGCAGCCUGAGCAGCCUGAAGAACCUGAACAAGUGGUGGACCCGGCUGUGGUCGAUUCACUAGAAGAAUUGGUGCCUUUUGAGUCGGUGGUUUCGCCCCUGCUAGAUGUACCUCUAGAUAGAGAGUACCUGAAUGCUGUGUACUCAAUGGCGCCUUCAAACGCUUUGGUGGCUUGGGGAACAAGCUUAAGCACUGACAACGAGAGCCCGCUUCUAUUCCAGGCGUUUCUAGAGGGUUUCCUUAACUCUGUGUCUCCACAGCCGUGCCACCCUCGUCUUCUGCCCCAGGCGAACUUUGUUCCUUUGGCUAUGCUGAAUCCUACCAUGAUGGAUAUAUUUAACGCUUGCGGUGCAUCUUUCUUGAGCAGAACUGACCCCAGUAUGAGGGUUGAAGCAAAGAGACGGUAUUCGUUAUGCUUGACUAACUUUGCUAAUUCCCUAAGUAAGGCUCAGGAAGGUGCUGAGGAAUGGAUGGCUGCAGCAGUAAUACUUCUUUGUCUUCGAGAUAAGUUCAGUGGAACUCUGCCUAUAGUGCCUGCUUCACAUCUAGCCAAGGCGCUAGAAAUGAUAAGACAACUUCGAAAGAAGGGCAAACUGAGUGUGAUCUCACUUAAGUUUCUUGUGGAAAGCUUCCUCUUCAACUACACCGUUAUGCUUCUAACAGGCACCCAGGAGGUUGUCCAAAGACUACCUUCUCCGUUUGAGGUCUAUGACGAAUGGAGAACUAUCCUUGACUGUACCCCGUUCCAUACGGCCCUACCGUUUAUGAAAUACCCUGUGUUUGGCGCUGCUAGACAAGUGUACGAGAUUGCAGCCAAAGUAUCCUGGCUAUAUUCUCGUCUUCCCUUGUCGGCUUUGGAUAAAGCAGUGGCUUGUGACCUCCUACGCCAAACUUAUACCACAGAGCUUCCUGAGAUACUGUCUUCAGCCAAAACAGAGCUUCUACCUCUGGAACUCGUCCACCUCCAGGAGAGUAUCUACCUUGCAGACAUUAUACGGAGCUGCUGUAUUCUCCUUUUGCAUAAGCUUCUAUUCCCUAGACUCGAGAAGAACGACCCUCUGGUCCAGGAAAUAGUAGGCAACAUCAUAAACCGGCUCUACGCAUUGACUGCUGAAUCUCCAAUCUGGAUCAUCUGUGCGUGGCCGUUGUUGGUUUGUGGAAUGGCUACUUCGGCUGUUUCCCACCAGCAUUUCAUCUAUUCACAGUGCCAAAGAUGUGCCUCUAGGUUCCAAAUGGAGUUCCUAGAUCAAAUCGGUAAGUUUUUGGUAUCUGUCUGGGGCACAGAAAACGAGCCUGGCAUGGGCUGGGACUGUCUUUUCAAUAGGGAUAUCAUUCUGAGAGUGUACCUAUAG